AUGGGGGAUUUUAAUAGUUACCUUUUUAAUACUGAUAAGCUUGGGGGUCAAGCCCCUGAUCAGGGUGUUAUGACUCUUUUCUCUGAUUUUAUUAAUAAAUUUUCUAUGUUUCCUCUUCCUUAUGUGGGCUGUAAAUAUACUUGGACUAAUAAUACUAUAAGUGAACGUUUAGAUUGGGCAGUUGCUUCUGAAUCUUGGUGUGAUAUUUUUCCUGAAAAUAGUUUACAUCAUCUAGGCUACUAUGGAUCUGAUCAUCGUGCUUUAAAACUUCUUUUUGCCAAUGAUGCUAGUAGGUCUAUUAAUUUUGUUAAUAAGCGAUUUCGUUUUGAAAAUAGUUGGUUAGAGGAUCCAGAUUUUUAUAACCUUAUGCAAAAUAAAUGGCAUGAUUUUCUCACUAAUAAUUCACCUUCCAAUCAUUUUAAGUUUUUCCUGGAUAAACAAGCCCAUUGUGCUAGUUUUUUAAAAGAUUGGAAUAAGACUCAUAAUCAUCUUUUCAAAUCUAGAAUUCAGGAAUUGACUCAGGAAAUAGAAAAUUUUCAAAACCACGAUGUUCUCACUCAAACUGAUAGGCUUCAUUUGAAUAGAUAG